AUGCCAGUGGUGACAGUGGAGAAGAUUACCGAACCCUCCAAGUUAGGAGAGGGGCCAUACUGGGACGCAGAGAAGAAAGUCUUGUACUUCGUCGACGUCGGGUCAAAUCGGGUGCAUAAGUACGACCCGGCGACUCGUACUCUGAAGAGCCUCACUCUCGAUGGCGUAACUUUCAUUAUUCCAGCUAGAGGCGAGGCAGACAAGUUCGUUAUAAGCAUGUAUCGUGACGUGGUGCUGAUGACGUGGAAUGGGGAGAGCAGCGAGCCAGCUGCUCUGGAAGUGAUCGCGACGGUGCACGACGAGGACGGAAGUCGGGACAACAGGAUCAACGACGCCAAGGCGGACGCUGCCGGCACUCUCUGGGCAGGGACAUUGGGACCAAUAGUAAAUAAUGAGGUCACUCCAGAAAAAGGAAUAUUGUUCAGCCUUGCCAAGAACAGAAGUACUAAAACGCACGCAACAAAAAUCAGCAUUUCAAACGGCUUUGCGUGGAGUUCGGACAACAAAACCAUGUAUUACAUUGAUUCUCCCACUAGAAAAAUAGAUGCUUUCGAUUUUAAUAUUACCGAGGGCAAAAUAGGCAACAGAAGAACGGUUUUCGACUUCAAAGAACAAGGAGUGGAAGGGCUGCCAGACGGGCAAACUAUUGAUACAGACGGAAACCUAUGGGUGGCGUGCUUUGGCGGCAAGCAGGUGAUUCAGGUUGACCCACGCACGGGCAGGCUGCUGCGGCGGGUGGAGAUCCCGGCGCAGAACGUGACGUCAGUGGUGUGGGGCGGCGCUAGCCUCGACGAGCUGUUCGUCACGACUGCCUCCUUCGGCCUGGACCGCCCCGAAGAGCACCCCAUGGCCGGCUGCACCUUCCGCGUCACCGGACUCGGCGCCCGGGGACUCCCGGCGCAGACCGUCGUCCUCUGA